AAUUAGACUGUAAGGAAAAAACUGACUCUUAAUUUUGUCUCUCAUGUAAACUACUCUGGUGAUAUCAAUGAUUGAUCAGGAAGGAGAGGAACUAAAGAAUUGUCUGUCUGUGUACGCAUACUCUGGACAGGUUAUCUGUCCAAUAGCAGACAAACUGCCCUCUCCCCAAAUAACCCUCUUUCCAUAUGUUAGGAUUCAUAUGCAGAUGGAAAAAUAAGAUAGAUGCAAUCCUUUGUAUGAAAAGAAGAAAAAACUUUAAUAGUAUAAUUGCAUAUUCUGGUUUGUGCUGACCUUUGUGAAUGCACACUGCUUUACUGUGUUUUCUUUGUAUAAAUCACUCCCCAUCCUGUCUUCUUUCCUCCCUGGGGCCAGUUUUUCCAGCAAAAGAAACUUUGCGAGUAAAUGCUUUUGAUGCAUUACUUUGUGUUUGUACCCUAAGAUGUAUUAUUAUGUUGUGCCUGACCUUUUCUGCUUAUUAUUCCAGGUAUUUUCUCUGACCUUCUAAGAAGCUAACUGGCUGAUACGGGACCUCUGUUAGGGCCAUUGGUUUGUAUGUUUCACAGGGUUUCUAGUUUCAAAGGAGCAAUUUGAUGGGCCUUUUCUGCUUCAAAUCUAUGACCUCAGGAAUUUAUUUACACUAAUUAUAUAUCCGUGUCAUGUAGGACACAAGUUUUGCAUUUUAGUGUUGCAUCUUCUAGUGGUGGUCAUUGCUAGUAUGCACAACUUAGCUUCGCUUAUAGACUCUAAAAGCUAACAUUUUUAAAUAUAGUGAAUAGUUUUGG